UCUGAUCGUGGAUUACCGGGUUCUCUAUUUGCACCGUACCGUAUACCAGCGAAAUGAUUCCAGUUGUGUAAACUUGAUCGGGCGAAUUCGAGUAGUUGCACAGUCUUCAGUAGUCGCCAUGUUAAGGGCACCGCUGUCGCGUGCAUUGCUGGUCUCCAGGCAGCUGGCGCCCAGCCUGACCGGUAACCGGCUGAACUCUACCGCUGCCCCUGAGAAGGUGGAGGUGUUUGUGGACGACAAGAGUGUCUGGGUAGACCCGGGCACCACCGUUCUGCAGGCAUGUGCAGUGGCCGGUGUUGAGAUUCCACGGUUCUGCUACCAUGAGAGGCUGUCUGUGGCAGGCAACUGUCGCAUGUGCCUGGUGGAGGUGGAAAAAUCACUCAAGCCUGUAGCUGCCUGUGCCAUGCCAGUCAUGAAGGGAUCCAGGAUCAAAACAAACUCGGAAAUGACCAGAAAAGCCAGGGAAGGAGUGAUGGAAUUCCUAUUGAUGAACCACCCUCUAGAUUGUCCCAUCUGUGAUCAGGGAGGAGAGUGUGAUUUGCAGGAUCAGUCCAUGGCAUUCGGCAGUGAUCGUAGCCGCUUCACUGACAACCAGUUCACGGGCAAGAGGGCCGUGGAGGAUAAGAACAUUGGGCCUCUGGUGAAGACCAUCAUGACGAGAUGCAUACACUGCACACGAUGCAUCAGGUUUGCUAGUGAGGUUGCAGGGGUGGAUGACCUGGGAACCACGGGUAGAGGAGGCGAAAUGCAGGUUGGAACUUAUAUUGAGAAGAUGUUCAUGUCCGAAAUGUCAGGAAAUGUGAUCGAUCUGUGUCCAGUGGGAGCCUUGACCUCCAAGCCCUACGCCUUCACAGCCAGGCCCUGGGAGACCAGGAAGACGGAAUCCAUCGACGUGCUAGAUGCCGUGGGCAGCAACAUAGUGGUUAGCACACGCAGUGGGGAGGUUAUGAGAAUUCUGCCCAGGGUACAUGAGGAUAUCAACGAGGAGUGGAUAUCGGAUAAGACGCGUUUUGCCUAUGAUGGCCUGAAACGCCAACGCCUGACAGUCCCCAUGGUCAAGAACGAAGAGGGUAACUUGACCCCGACUAACUGGGAGGACGCCCUCACUAGGGUGGCUGUGGAGUUAAGCAACACUGAUGGCGGCGACAUCGCAGCCGUUGCUGGUGGUCUAGUCGAUGCAGAAGCCCUGGUGGCUCUAAAGGACCUGCUCAACAAGCUGGGCUCGGAGGCUCUGUGCACGGAGGAGGUCUUCCCUAUGGAUGCUGCAGGCACUGACCUGCGAUCCAACUACCUGCUGAACACCAGCAUAGCUGGCGUGGAGGAGGCAGACAUUGUUCUCCUGGUGGGGACCAAUCCUCGCUUUGAAGCGCCCCUCUUCAACACCAGACUCCGCAAGAGUUGGAUUCACAAUGACCUCCGCAUUGCCAUGGUCGGCGACAAGGUGGACUUGACCUAUGAAUACGAUCACCUAGGCGACACUGCCAGUGUUCUUCAGGAUCUAGUCGAUGGCAAGCACCCCUUCAGUCCAACGCUAGCCCAGGCGAAGCACCCUAUGAUCGUUGUAGGCAGUGGGGCUCUCCAGCGGGAAGACGGCACCACCAUCCAUGGACUGGUGGCAAGUCUAGCCCAGAAGGCGAAGGCUUCCAGUCAGGCUGGUGAUGAGUGGAAGGUCCUCAAUGUACUACACAGGGUGGCCAGUCAGGUAGCAGCCCUUGAUGUGGGCUACAAGGCCGGGGUGGACUGUAUCCGAGAGAAACCGCCCAAGGUUCUCUUCCUGCUCGGAGCUGAUGGAGGUACCGUUACGAGGGCGGACCUACCCGAGGAUUGUUUUAUUGUAUAUCAGGGACAUCAUGGUGAUGAAGGAGCCACCAUUGCAGACGUGGUCUUGCCCGGUGCUGCGUACACGGAGAAGACAGCGACCUAUGUCAACACAGAGGGACGAGCGCAGCAAACAAGACUCGCUGUGAGUCCACCAGGCUACGCCAGGGAAGACUGGAAGAUCAUCCGAGCUCUGUCCGAGGUCACAGGUCACUCUCUGCCGUAUGAUGACAUACACGAAAUGAGGCACAGACUAACAGAAGUGUCCCCCAACCUGACCAAAUACGGUGAAGUUGAGGACGCUAACUUCUUUGCGCAGGCAGAAGCUCUUGCUAAGGGCGUUCAAUCCCAACUGUCAUGGAAACCUCUAGAGGUCAAGCAGCGGUCACUGAAGGAUUUCUACAUGACCGACCCCAUCAGCCGAGCUUCCUUGACCAUGGCCAAGUGUGUGCAGGCUGUCAACGAAGCAGUGAGCAAGAAAUAGAAGUCCGGCAAAUCAACAGGAAUUCGGGGGGUCAUUUGGCUCAGAGUGCAUCAUCCAACUAUCAUCACAUGUAACCGGAUACCACAAGAGGAGUCCUGAUGCCAUUUUGUCCAUAAUUUUGUUCCAGUUGGCAUUAGAAAGAGCAAACAGAGCUCUUUGUUUUGAUGUAUCACUCAAUUUGGAAUCCCUUGGAAAUUGUCAUUAAGCGAGUGAAAAAUGUUGUGGGUUGGUAUUAAAUUCAAUUGUGUAAUAAUCUUUGAAAAGUCAUUAACUCAGAAGUGGUUUGGGCGACUUGAGACACAUUUUGGUUGGUUGCAUUGCACAAAUCUGAGUGUAUACGUUUGUGGUCGCCAUGUUAUCCUUUGAGGCUUCAGUAAGUCUUUAUAUCAAGUUGCAUACUUCAGUUUUAAAUGAAGCAAACAUGACUUCACUUCUUGUUAGUACCUGCACUCACUAUUUAUUCACUUUUUGUGGCAACUAUUCGGGUGAAUCCCUAUGAAUAACCUCUCUCAAUUAAAGAAAUUAACAGAUCCAAUAACAAGUGACCGGGAUUUUUUGCUUAGAGGAGAAAUUAAGUGAAAGAGGGUGUGGUUUCUCUGUAGUCAUAAGUGUGGACCACCUUUCUUCAUUCGAUUUCAUUUAAGAUGGCAGUGGUACAUAACAAAUCUGACGCUGGAUAUUGCUUAAUAUAAAAGUAGAGGUCGGACCUUGAAGACGCUGACACUGAUGUGGCCUAUAGCUGUGUGUUCAUCCUGAAUGUUACCUUUCGAGCUCAAAUAUUUGAUUUCUAAGAGACCCUUGUUAACAGAUUUUCAGUGGAAAGGAUUUCCCACAGAAGCUUAAGAUCCUGGCAUGUCAGUUGUACAUAAAAUAGACUGUGAUUUGUUUUCCAAUAAAGUUGACUUGGACUAA